AUGACGAUAAGGCAUGAAAUGGCUGAUGUGGUAAAUGUAAAUGAUGACGAUGAAGCACGCCGAAAUGAAAUGAGAACAAUGAUUGUGGAAGAAGUAGAGAAAGCGAUUGAAGCUGGUAUUCCUCGACUAGCUCAAGAGGUGGAAGGUCAAGUAUUGGGGGUAAUCGAUACUUUAGUAACGUCCAAGGUGGAAGAACUAAAAGCGAUGAUUAAUGAACUACAAACAAAGAAAAGUACACGAAGGUACACGUACAAGGAAUUCAUGGCAUGUAACCCCUUGCCGUACAAAGGGGAAAUUGACCCGAUAGCUUAUCAAAGAUGGAUUUUAAGCACCGAGGCAGUGUUUGUACGAAGUAGAUGUGAAGUGGAGGAUCAAGUGAUGUUUGUUACAGGUCUCCUACAACUCCAAGCAAAGGAUUGGUGGGACGCACAUUCGAAGGAUUUGGGGGAUGACAAAGUAAUGUUAACAUGGCAAGAGUUCAAGGAACCAUUUCUGAAAUAUCAUAGCCCACAAUCCACACUUGAUAAGAUUCAAGAAGACUUCUUACGUCUUCGACAAAAGGAUGAAACGAUCAUCGAAAUAACAAAUAAGUUCCUUAAGAAGGCUGAAUAUCGGGGGUUUGUAAAUCCCUCCAAGUGUGCAACGUUGAAUGAAUUAAUUGACUGGGCAAGAGAUAGGGAGAUCGAGUUAAGAAGGCAAGUUGAACGGGGAGAGAAAAGGGUGGCGGAGAAGCCCACCAACACAAACCCAUCGAAAAAGGCAAAAUAUCAAGAUCAAAACAGGAAAGGGAAGACAAGUAGUGGGAUUCCGACUUGCAAGACAUGUGGGAAGCAUCAUUCGGGUGAAUGUUGUUGGGAAAGAAAGGGUGCUAUAAAUGUGGGCAAGAGGGACAUCCGGCACAUUAAAGCGGAAUGUCCGAAACUCCAACAAGGGGCAAAGAAAGAUGGAAAGAAGGAUGAGUCUUCUAAGGCUCGUGGGAGGAUGUUCCAGUUAACCUCGGAUAAAGCUAAGACUAGCCCGGAUGUGGUCUCAGGUAUAUUCUUGGUUAAUUCUAUGCCUAUGAAUGUAUUAUUUGAUUCCGGGGCUAGUAGAUCGUUUAUUUCUAAUGAAUUGUUUGUUCAUCCAUCGUUUAAGCUUGAAAAGAUGUUAGUGCCCAUAGAAGUGGAAGUUGCUGAUACUAAAAGCUAUAUGUUACAUGAUAUUUGUAGAAACUGUAAGAUCUUAAUCGAAGAUGAGGAAUUUAAUAUAGAUCUUAUCCCGAUGUACAUGGGGGAAUUUAAAGUAGUUGUAGGAAUGGAUUGGCUGGCCUAA